AUGUUGCCUACAGUCAACACAAAGUUCCCGCCUCCUCCGACGGCACCAAUCCCGAUUAAACCCCAUUUUCCUCUCCGAACAGCACACAAGAAGCGACCAUCACUGGAAAUCAUCACAGACUUCAACCCUCAUGCAGCUAGAAUGGGCUUUCAAGGUCCCCGCCUGGGCGCUUUGGGCCUGACAUUUUCGGUCAUGAGGGCACUGCAGUUCGCUGCUCUGAUCGCUGUGAUUGGCUUGAGCGCCAACUUCAUCGAUAAGUUCUCUACAAAGUCACUGGCAUCUCCUUCAGAGCUUGUUGGUACUCUGGUAGUGGCUGUUGUUGCUGUCAUCUACGUCGUCAUCUCUUACAUCCUUUACUACGAUGUCAUGCUCCCAUACCUCCUUAGCGGAAUUCUCGAUGGCCUACUUCUGAUCGCUUUCAUUGUCGUCGCUUCACUACUCGGCAAGCCCCUCUCCCAGCUCCAGUGCGCUCUCAUGCCCAAGGACCCCGACGCCAACAACUUCUGGACAUCCGUUCCCUUCUCGAUCAAGUCCCAAGAAACGACCGAUGAUGGUCUCUACUUCACCUUUGUACACAUCGACCAACCCACCUGCUUCGAGACCAAGGCUAUCUGGGGUCUUUCCAUCGCUCUUUGCGUGCUCUUUGCCUUCAGCAGCAUCGUCUGCGUCGGCCUCUGGCGUCGCGUCAGUGGCGAGACCAGGGGGCGCGCGGGCGCCGGCUGGGGGAUUCGCGAGAAGAACUACUACUUGUACAAGUCGGAGUCAGAGUCGGACGUGUCCCUUUACGGCCACAACACCACCACUGCUCCACCACAGUUCCCUCCUCCCCCGUUGGCGCCCAUGCGCAUCACCCGAGGCGCUCGCCGCAGCGACAACCAACAAUACGACAACAGUGACCCUCAAGACGUUCCGGUCCCAACCAUCCGCGCAAGAACCGGCCUGCCACAAAACCGUCGUAGCCUAUCCGGCUCGAGGUCCAGCAUCGAUUCCGACGCCUCCUCCUCCUCUAACCUCAGCCGGGGAGCGAGCCCCGAGCGCCAACUCCGCACCAGCGGCGGACUAGCGCCUCCGCCCCCCGUCCGACACUGCUGCAACAGUGGCCGUGUCGGGCUAGGCAUCAUGCCCACGAUCCCCGGCUCGCCCAUCGAUGCUACACAAGAGAGGACCAUCAUCGACGGUAUCUCGCCCAUCAUGUCGCGCGCCCCCGAGCCGUUACCUCUCCCCGUUGCUGACCCAGCAUUCCGAAGCACCAGCACCAACAACCUCACCCUGGCCGUCCCCUCCGCCACUCACGGUACUUACAGUCACCACAUCCACGGUCAAGUAGGAGCCGGAAGAGCCACCCUCCACCCGCCGCUCACCAUCACCACCGAAUUCCCCAUCAUCUCUCCCUCCGUCUACUCGCCAACCGAUAACAUCACCCCGCAAGAAUACAAGCGCGCCGCCCCGCCGGCGCCGCCACGCUCCCCGUUGUCGCCGCUGAGCCUGAGGGGACUGGGCUCGUUCAUGGCGCGCAGGGGCUGCAUGAGGAAGGAGGUGCCGCCGCCGAUUAUCGUGCAUCCUAGCUCGCCUUCGCAGUUUGCGCAUGUCGUUAACGGUAGCAGCCCGGGCAUGGAUAGUGUGGCGCUGGGGACUCCCGUUGAUGGCUUAGGCCCAAGCCAGUCGCCGCCACAGCUGCAGACCCCAAACCCGCCCAAGAGGAGAAAGACGGUUUGGGGGAUGAUGGUGGAGGGGUGGUGGGAUUUGGGACUGUUGGAGAGGAUGGGGAGUGGGAAGAGGAGCCAGAGGAAGUAA